UUUUAUUCUGGCAACUUUAGUUUCGAAAGUUCAAUUUCGCAUGGCGGACGUGCAAGUGGGUUCUGUUAUUUGUUGGUGAUAAAAUUUCAAUAAUUAUCUCAUUGUGUGUCCUUAUGGAAAGAGUAAUUCAGAUGCUUUUAUUUCUUUGUGGACGUGCUUUAUUUAUUCCUUAACGUUAGAUGAUGUUAAAGAGUUCUUUAUAGUUGCAUUGUGUGAACUGCAUAAAUAUUUUUAAUAAAAAUGGGAAAAUGUGACGAAGCCAAUGUCGAAGUUAGUAUGGGGGACUCGGCGUCCCCCAUGAAACCUGAUAAUUUCACGUUCACCGUGCCUCCGGAGGCUCCUGUCUUCGAGCCAACACCGGAGGAGUUCUUGGAUCCACUAGCGUACAUCAGCAAAAUAAGACCAAUCGCUGAGAAGUCUGGGAUAUGCAAAAUAAAACCACCAGCGCACUGGCAACCACCAUUUGCUGUGGAUGUGGACCGGUUGAGGUUUACACCAAGAAUCCAACGCCUCAAUGAACUUGAGGCCAUCACUCGAGUGAAGCUGAAUUUUCUUGAUCAAAUCGUCAAAUUCUGGGAGUUGCAAGGGUCUGUACUGAAGAUACCUACGGUUGAAAGGAAGCCGCUCGAUCUGUAUGCCUUGCACAAAAUAGUUAAGGAAGCUGGCGGUUUCGAAGUAUGCUCCGCUGAACGCAAGUGGUCUAAAAUAGCGCGGCGCAUGUGCUUCCCUCAAGGCAAGGGUAUUGGGUCCAUUCUGAAAAGUCAUUACGAGCGAAUUUUGUACCCUUACGAUGUGUUCAAGAACAGCGGGGUCGUCGGUGACAAUAAGGAGACGAAGAUCGAAGUGAAAGGGGAGCAAACGCCCGAGAAAGCUAUAACCGGUCGGAAUCGGUCCUCAGCGGGGGGCAAAUGUGCCGCCACCCCGCCCCCCGCCGCCCCCGCCACCCCCGCGCGACGGUACAAGCCCGCCGACCCCGAGCCGGCCAGCGGGCCCCCCUCCCUGCCCACCACCGCGGCGGGGGGACCCCCCACCACGCCUGUCAAGGAGGAGAAGGAGGAGAUGCGCAGGAGCCCCCGCGAGAACAAAUGGAUGUCAGCGGGUGCCGCAUGCGGUGGCAGAGCCAGAGUGACUCGCUCCACCAGACUGCGGGAGCACCGCAUGUCCAACAUGACCGUGUCAGUCACCCCGGCGCCUCAACCCGCGCUCGCGCCGAGGGUCGACGACCCGUUGGCCAAAUACAUGUGCCACGUAUGCGGACGCGGCGACAUCGAAGAACAAAUGUUACUAUGCGACGGCUGCGAUGAUUCCUACCACACUUUCUGCCUUGUGCCGCCGUUAGCUGAUGUGCCUAAAGGUGAUUGGAGGUGCCCCGUCUGCAUCGCUGAGGAGGUAUCGAAGCCAACAGAAGCGUUCGGAUUCGAGCAGGCUUCACGAGAGUACACCUUGCAACAGUUUGGAGAGAUGGCCGAUCAGUUCAAGUCGGAUUACUUCAACAUGCCCGUACAUAUGGUGCCCACAUCGACAGUAGAGAAAGAAUUCUGGCGCGUGGUGUCUUCAAUAGAUGAAGAUGUAACCGUCGAAUACGGCGCUGACUUGCACUCCAUGGACCAUGGAUCCGGGUUCCCUACUAAAAGUAGCGCCCACUUAUAUCCGGGCGAACAACAGUAUGCGGAAUCCAGUUGGAACCUCAACAACUUGCCCGUACUGGAGGGGUCCGUCCUGGGCCAUAUCAAUGCAGACAUAUCCGGCAUGAAGAUCCCGUGGUUGUACGUGGGCAUGUGCUUCGCGACUUUCUGUUGGCACAACGAAGAUCACUGGAGUUACUCCAUCAACUAUCUGCACUGGGGAGAACCGAAGACAUGGUACGGUGUCCCGAGUUCUAAAGCGGAACAGUUCGAAGCGGCGAUGAAGGCCGAAGCCCCCGAGCUGUUCCAGCUGCAGCCCGACCUGCUGCACCAGCUGGUCACCAUCCUCAACCCCAACGUGCUCAUGAAGGCCGGCGUGCCCGUCUACAGAACGGAUCAGCACGCAGGCGAAUUCGUGAUAACAUUCCCGCGAGCUUACCACGCCGGAUUCAACCAGGGAUACAACUUUGCUGAAGCGGUCAACUUUACGCCUGCCGAUUGGUUGAAAAUGGGCCGCGAAUGCAUCGCCCACUACUCCACAUUACGGCGGUACUGCGUGUUCUCGCACGACGAGCUCGUCUGCAAGAUGGCUCUAGAAGCGGAUUCUUUGAGCGUCACCGUAGCUCUGGCGGCUUAUAGGGACAUGAGGACGAUGUUACACGAUGAGAGGAAACUUAGAAAAGGACUAUUGGAUUGGGGUGUGACGGAAGCGGAAAGAGAGGCAUUUGAACUCCUCCCCGACGACGAGCGGCAAUGCCAACUGUGCAAGACCACUUGCUUCCUGUCCUGUGUCACGUGUUCCUGCACAUCCCACGUGGCCUGCUUGAGGCACUACGCGCAGCUGUGCGACUGCGACCCGAGGGUGCAUAAACUGAGAUACCGUUACACCCUAGACGAGUUGCCCGCGAUGUUGGAGAAGCUCAAGAAGAAAUCUGAAUUGUUCCGCGAAUGGGCGGAGGCGGUGCAGAAUGCUUUGGAUCCCGACACGCCGAAGACUUGCGACUUGGACGGAUUGCGGGCUAAUCUGCGAAGAGCGCACGAUUUGAAGAUGCACAAAACGGAGCUAGUGCGAGCUCUAGAAAUAGCCAUAGAAGAUGCCGAGAAGUGCGCCAGCGUCAUCCAGCAGUUGGACCUCAACAAGAUGCGAACCCGAACCCGCCAGCACGACCCCAAGUACCGCCUCACUAUACAUGAGUUGACGCUGUUCGCCGCUGAAAUAGACGGACUCGCCUGCGUAUUGCCUGAAGGUUCAGCGGUUAAAGAAGUGUUGAGACAGACGUCGGAGUUUGAGACCCGCGCGACGGAACUGUUGAACCGCGACUUGGACAAGACUGAUGCGGCCAUACUUAGAGAUAUUGACGAGGUGGUCGAAUUAGGCUCGCAACUAUGCAUAGUUUUGCCUCAAUUAGCGCCGUUGCAAGCUCGCCAGCAGCAAGUCAAGUUCUUAGAAGAAGUCAGAACGUACCGGGAGGAUUGUUCCACCUUAACACCGGAAGUUAUUGAUAGAUUACUGGAAGACGCGACCACGGUUGUACCUCAUUAUAGAGUGGAAACGGAGAGGGCGCUGUUGUGUAAACUCAAAGCCCAAGUGGAAGAAUGGGAGAGCAAAGCACGUGCAGUCCUCAUAGACACGAAUAAAACCCGUGACCCUCGUACCGAGUUGGAACCGCCUUACACCACAUUGGCAGAAGUGGAUGCUUUAUUGGCCGCAGCUGAUGACAUUGAAGCGGCACUGCCUUCACAGCACGCUUUGUCUACUGCCCGUCAUCAUGCCACCGAUUGGUUGGCCAAGGUCGAAGAGAUGCAGUCCAAAGACCUCUACCCGUACAUGCACAGCGUGGAGGCUCUAGUGAAGAAAGGUCAACAAAUACCUCUACUUUUGUACGAGAAGGACCAACUGGCCAGCGCUUUGUUAUCAGCGAAAGAGUGGAAACGAGGGGCCGCUGAGAUGUUUCUUAAACAGAACUGGGCGUAUUCUCUACUCGAAGCUCUGUCCCCACGUACCGAGUGCCCAUCAACGCCACGCCGUAAGCCUCGGCCGAGCACCGAUCCCGCGCCCUCGUCGCUAGAAGCCGGGCUGUUUCUGCGCAACUUCAGCGAAGACUCCACGCCUACGGAGAUUGUGGCCGCUUUCAAGCAGGCCGAGCAUAGAGAACUUGCCCUUAUCAAAGAGCUCAGAGCUCGAAAUAUGCGCAAGGAAGUAAGAGCGCCGCCCGCAGCCGGAAUUACUUUCUGCGUAUGCCAAAAACGACAGUAUGGUGUAAUGACGCAGUGUGAACUCUGCAAGGACUGGUUUCAUGCGUCGUGCAUAGCAUCCUCUAAAGAAGAACGUAGCGAAUCUCCGAGCCGCAUAGAGAUGCCGUUCGCAAGUCCGGAGCCGAAGUUCCUGUGUCCGGAUUGUACGCGCACGAAACGACCGAGACUGGAUCGCAUAUUAGCGUUACUGGUGUGGCUACAAAAGCUGCCGGUCCGGCUAGCGGAGGGCGAGGCCCUACAAUGCGUGACGGAGCGCGCGAUGGCGUGGCAGGACGGAGCGCGAGCCCUGCUGGCCAGCCCCGCGCUCGCAGACCUGCCCCCCCACCCCCACCCCCACCAUGACAACGCGCAGGCCAAUAGAGAAAAAUCGGACAAACUAAAUGCUGAACUGAAAAAAGCGACUGGAAGAGUGCACGACAUGUCACAAAAUUCGAGAUCGUCGGCCAGUAUGGAGCACGCUUACAGUGCGACGCCGCGGUCCCCCGGGACGAGGGUAGCGCCAGGGUUACUUCAGAAACUUGAGGACCUCAUGCUGGAAGGUGAUCUGCUAGAGGUGCGGCUAGAAGAACAGAGCCAAGUAUGGGCUUGCGUAUGGACCGCGCGGGGCGCGGAGGGGGGCAGUGCGUCGCGAGGGGGGAGGGUGCUCGACGCGGGCAGGAGGAAGCGGCCCCAGCGGCCCCCGCACCAUCACCAUCAACACAAGAGGACUAGGCCCACGCAGCAUAGGGGAGCGGCACCAAAGACAACCCUUAAGCGUGGCUCGGCCACCACCACGAAUUAUCUCAACAGAAAACAGGGUUUAUCAUCCGGCUCCGGUCUGAUGAUGAGGAAGCACUACAUGGCGCGCCAGGAGCGACGCAAGCGAGGCCUCGCCGCCACCACCAGGGGGAAGCAUCCCAGGCAGGCAAGAAUGGGUCGCGGCGCGAAUGCGAGCGGUGGAGCGGCCGCAGCGGCGACGCGGCGGCGACACAGCACCAGUUCUUCGCAGUCUUCCGCCGAUGAUGAUGAAGAUUGUGCCGCGGCAGACUGCUUGAGGCCUACGGGCAAGGAAGUGGACUGGGUGCAGUGCGACGGGGGCUGCGACCAGUGGUUCCACAUGCACUGCGUGGGGCUGCGACGCGACGCGCUGCGAGACGACGACGACUACCCAAACCUACUCGUCGCCUGCGUUGCCCCCGUCGCCAUUGAAGUCGCCGAUGUCGCCACGACUGUCGCCAAUGCGUACUGUGAUACAGUGACUGUGCAAUGACAAAGUGAAAUGUUUGCGAACAGUUGAUCGAUAUGCGUCUUAUUAAAGUGUGUCUGUGAAGUGUGUGCAAUUUCAAUCGGAUAAAAUCUAAAGGUUUCUCAAACAGUGGAUUGAAUUAUGAUCGGACUCGCAAUCACAAGGACAUUAGACUAUUGCAAAACUCGUUUGCAAAUCUAAUAAGCAUUGACUUGACUGCGUUUCUAUUAUAAUGUUUACACGCGUACGCUCUGAAGGUAGUAUUUUUUACUGUAUUAUUUUUAAGAAAUUGUUGUUUUUUGAUUUUUUUUGUAUCCUUCAUUACAUUUUAUUUAUAAGAAGAUCCACGAAUGAAAUUUUUAACAAUACUGCUCCAAAUUUAGCAAUAUAGACAAAUUAUAUUAUUUUGAAUGCAUUUUUCUUUUUCACGAUUUUGAAAUAUAUUUUUGAGAUUGAUUAUGAAAGUUUGAACUACAAAAUAUAUAGGAAGGAAACUUAAACUGGUAUAGACAAUAUAGAGGCAUUGAUGCAUUCAAUAGCUUUCUAAGCCGGGAAUCGAACUACAUAGACAUAAUUUUUAUUAAAACAUUUUCAGUGUUGUGUUUCAGUGUUUAAAUUUAGAUUAAAUAAAAAAGUAAUUCAUUGAUUCAUAUUUACAAGCUAGCAACAUUCGAGAAAUUAAAAUACACGAAAAAACACUUUAGCUGAAGCGUGUUAAAGUCUUAUGCGGAUUAGGGGGUUUUCGAGCAUUGGGCUUAUUUAUUUCAAAGAUAAACUAUAUUUCCAUGAACAAUAGACAAGUCCAAUGAAACUUCCAAUCAAAUUGAGUCCCAGCUAAUGAACCAAUGUUUAUGAACAAAAUAAUUAUUCAGAAAUGUGCGAUGUAAUAAGUUGCAUUGUUCGCGCUUCAAUUAUAAAUAGUUGUUGAAUUUUAAAAUAUCGAUGUUGUAGUAUCCCUGGUCCCAAUAUCGACAGUGUCCCAACAUACAGUUACAGUAGUAUAUUUGAAUAAAUAAACUUGUUAACAGAUAUAUAAUGUGAUCAGUUAAUCACUUAAUAGCUACACUGAAGAUAAGAGAGUUGUGAAACGGUUAGAAGGCCUUGUUUAUUCAUUGAAAAAAAAAACAGAAUUAACAAGUGAAUCAUAUAGAAAAAAAUAGAUUAAUUUAUAACUGUGCUUGUCGUCUUCUCAUCAGUAUGAACUUCUUCAUCCCAGUAUAUGUUGGAAUGUCAACUUUAUGUUUUGUUAAAAUAAUGUAGUUAUUUAAUCUACGUUCAGACUAGUAACGCAGCUGGCCAAGUACUUUUGAAGCUAAUGGGAUGCAUGGGUAAUUUUCUUAAAACGGUUUAUUGUACAACUUGUGGAAACAAAGUUUGUAAGUAACUUUGCAUAACCUGUAUGAUUUGUAAUAUAUGAUAUUUUAAAAAAAGCUUUAUCUUAGGCAAUCUGGUUUCAUCAGUGAGUUAGUUUUUAUCGAUCAGGAGAUUGAUCCAAUUAAUGAGCCAAAUCCAAUAUUUACUGCAAAUACUCUCAUAUAAUUCUGCUAUUACGGCAAACAUUUAAAAAUCAAUAGUAUUUGUUCGGGUGUAGUUUUGAAAAUUGGAUUCAAUUGCUCAAAACCAUGUUUACUUCAGAUUUAAGCUGGCUUAAUUCUUGCUUGGUAUUAAUUUUUUCUUAGAACAAAUUUCCAGCCAGCGGUUUUCGGUGAGUACAAGACGUUAAAUCUGAAUAUGUGCUCUUUUGAAACCCGUUUAAUCAAUUUUUAACUAAUGACUGGUGUUGAUGUUUAAAAUACAAUUGACAUAAUAUUUUGCAAAAAUCAAAUAGUAGGACCCUGUAGGCCAAUGAUAAGAGGGGUUUACGAAAACUUUGAUAAUAUUUGCCCAUACAGUGUUAAGUGUGAAAAAGCACUUCGUUGGAUCUAUUUGAACAAAAGAAA